ACAAGUUUCUUUUCUCUCGAAUGGUCACGUACCUGGUGAUGUGUUCUCCGAUCUACGUAGUGCAUCCAUUAUUGAUGAUCCUUUAUUUGCUGACAACCACUUGGGACAGCAAUGGGUUUCCCAUGAUAACUGGACGUACACAAGGACAUUCGACAUUGGCAAAGACACCCUGGACCUCGACCAUCUUUCCUAUUUCCUAGGGAUUGAUACCAUGUCCUCAGUGGUCCUCAACAGCAAAUAUUUAUUAAAGACAAACAAUCAAUUUGUGGCGUAUUUCGUGAAACUGAAUGGGAUUCUAAGUGAUGAAAAUAUGAUUGAAGUAAGAUUCACCUCACCAGUAUUAUACGCCAAAGAAAAAUCGGAACAAUAUAAUAAAUAUCGGGGGCAUUUAGUUCCACCCGUUUGCCCUCCUCCUUCAUAUCAUGGUGAAUGUCAUCCAAAUUUUAUAAGGAAAGCUCAGUACAGCUUCAGCUGGGAUUGGGGUCCAGCGCUUCCAACAAUGGGGAUUUGGAAACCCAUUGAUAUUGUUGCAUUCAACAACUUUUUCUUGGACGAUUUUUCAUGGAUAACUGAGAGAACACAUGGUUUUCAACACUAUAUUUUUGCAUUUUUACAAGUGGUCAUUGCCGAACUCGACGUAGAUCAGUACCAAACGUAUCAUAUUUCCGGAAACAGCAAGCCAAUAAUUUUGAAAUUUGAAGUCGAAAUAGCCAAAGAGAAAGUGGAGUUGUGGUGGCCAAAUGGAGAAGGUGGCCAGAAGCUGUACAACAUCAUAGUGAGAGGUGGAGGAAAUGAAAUUAUUCGUCGCAUUGGAUUCCGUCAUGUUGAACUUGUCCAGAACUAUGUCGAUCCCAAACAAUUAUCGAAAGGACGGCACUUUUAUGUGAAGAUCAACGAUCGUCCAGUAUUUCUGAAAGGAUCGAACUGGAUUCCUGUUUCGAUGUUUCUUUCGGUCAACAACACAAGACGUAUAGUGUUCCUACUUGACUCUGCUGCAGAAACGGGCAUGAACACAUUACGAGUAUGGGGUGGCGGCAUCUACGAAUCGGACGAGUUUUAUGACUACGCUGAUAGCAAGGGGAUUUUGUUAUGGCAAGAUUUGAUGUUUGCGUGCGCUCUAUAUCCGACUGACAAGGAGUUUACCGAAAAUGUGAGAACUGAAGUGGAUCAGCAGGUAUGGCGAAUUAAGCGCCAUUCAUCUGUUUUGCUUUGGGCUGGCAAUAACGAGAACGAGAUCGCUAUACGAUCGCACUGGUGGAAAGUUAGAAACUAUACCGAAAAUGAGCAAGUGAAGGACUACGUGUAUCUUUACAAUGGGGUUGUCAAACCUAUUGUUGAAGCUGCCGAUCCAUCACGACCAUUCUUGAUGUCUAGCCCCAGCAACGGAGUGCGGACGGAAGAAGAAGGAGGGGUGUCUUUAAAUCCUGGUGAUCCGAGCUAUGGGGAUGUACAUUUUUAUAAUGAAAUCGUCGAUUUGUGGAGAGACAGCUCAUAUUUGACACCACGAUGUGCUACUGAGUUUGGUGUACAAAUAUUUCCAUGUCGGCUUCACUUUCUCGUUUUUAUUAAUAUUUAUACCAACCAAACCUCUCAUCCCUCCGGGGUCGAGAAUUUGGUACCGGAGUUGUCUGGGAAAAAAUCACUUUCUAUACCAUUCGAAUGUCCUCAGUCGUUUGUCCACUUACAUCGAUGCGAGUAUCUGAAUUCUCCGUCAUUCAUUGAUCGAUUCGCAUAUUUUUCACAGGCACAUCAGGCGAUCGUAUACAAAGUACAGACUGAACAUUAUAGAAGGUACCGUAAUCGAUUAAUGCCUUCCGGAAUGGGGAACACCAUGUGUGCAUUAUAUUGGCAAUUAAAUGAUGUGUGGGCUGCACCAACCUGGUCAUCUAUUGACAUAAAUUUGAACUGGAAGAUGGUACAGUAUGAAGCACGCCGGUUCAUGGCCCCAGUGAUAGUUUACGCUUCUGGAUUCAACGACAUUGGAAUUUCUGUAGUGAAUGAUUUCCCGAAAAAAAUCACUGGUGCUAAGUUGCAAAUCGAUAUGCUUGCAUGGACAAAUGGUUUCGAACCUGUGUACAAGGAAAAUAAAACCGUCAGCAUCGAUUCCCUUUCAGCAGAGGAAAUUGUUGAUUUUGACGUCUUCGGCGAUGUCAACAUCACGGCGUUUAGAAGGUUAAGUCGCAAAGUUUACUCGCUGGCGAUCCGAGCUACAAGUAUGUCCCCAUUCACGUGGAUAUCUGUAGCGAAACCAUUUCUUGGAUGGUUUUCCGACAAUGGAUUCACAAUGACCUCUUCCACCAGAGAAAUUAAACUGUACCUACGAGAGUCAAUUGACUUGUUUAGGGAUGAUUUUAGUGUUUGUAACUUAAAAAAUUGUGGACUCCUAUAA